AGUCAGAGUUGUCGCCCACCCUCAUUGUCACUAUCAUUACCUUCAUCAUCAUCGUCAUUGGUGUCUUCAAUUCUCGCAUCGAAAAGGUUUUUGUUAUCACGUGAAGUUUUUUGUUGUUCGUUUCUCUCGUAGAGAAGAAUACGGCUGCAAUUGCACCUCUUUCCGUAUCUCGCUUUCUUCGUAUACCUUUUUCUGUUGUUUUCGAUAAAAGACCUUUUCUCUCGUCGAAUUGAAAUUUUUUUUCCCUCUCUUUCCGUACAGCUUCAUACCAUGUUUCUCACCUACACUUUCGCGCCCAUCUGGGCUGGUCUGAUCUCCCUCCUGACCUUCCUCGUUCUCCGUCACUUCGAUCCUGUGGAUUUGAACCAGUACACGGAGAAGAUGCACGGCGUUCCGCCGGUGGCGUGCUGCCUCGCGGUGCUGAUCCCCCUCGUGGUCCUCGUCGCCUACGAUUUCGCGCUGAAGCUGGGCCCGAAGCCGUCGCGCUACAGUAUCAAGAUGUGAGAAAGUGCACGUGAGUGGGAGAGAAAGAAAAGAAGUCAAAGUCUGUCCAUAUUGCAGGAAGGGGCAAUUGCCGUUCUCUGCUGCACAGCUCUUGCUUUCUCUCUUCCCCCCCCCCCCCUCCCUGCCAUGCACUCUCCCGCUUCAGGGCGUUCCUGCAUACGUGGGUAAACAACAAGAAAGGGAGUCGUGUUGCUUUUGGUAGCAGCGCGCAGCUUUCGGUUGGUGUGACUCGAUGAGCGUGUGAGGGACGACGCUACUCAAAAUAAUAACGAAAGGGAAAAUGGAGGCGGUACAGGUGUUUGUACGUGUUGUAGCGAGUUUAAAAGCAAAAGCAAAAGAAAAACGCAUCUGGUCUAGCCGGAUUUGCCGUUUUUUGUGUUUUUAAUUUAUUUUUCCUCCAAGCAUCAAAAAGGAAACGAAAGUGAUUUGUAACUAACGGCCAAAAGAAAAAGAAGGAAACACCGUUUUCCGUUUGAGUACGUGCUUUUCUUCUUUCAUCUUCUUUCUUCUUUGUUGCUCCAUGUGUGGCGCACCAAAAGCGACGUUACUAUCGCACGAAAGGAGAGCUAAGGCGCUACAUGUAGGCUUAGCUUCCUUGAGAAGUAACCGCAAAUUUUUAUUUUGUUUCUUUCGGUGUCUCUCGCUUUUGAUAGGGAGGUCGGAGAGCGGCUUCGGAUUCGUG